GUCGUAGGCACCACUACCCUUAUUUUCGUUGCACUGUGGAAGGUGCAGUUUCCCUUGUCUAAUUUGAUCGAUAUCAGUGAUGUGUCAGUGAUAUCAGCUGUGCCUGUCUGUGGGCACCGCCGUGGUUGACCGGCCAGUCGACUGUGGUAGCGUUUUGACAGCUUGGUUUCUCGGCAUUCUGAGCGACGUGUAGUUCGCGUUGGGAUCCGCGAGCACAGCUGUCAACAGAAACGAUAAUUCGCCCGCCCCGCCCGACAACUGCUGUAGUGGUCGUUGGUUCGUUAGCGGCGAACGACCACCGGAGCGCUUGAAGCCGCAGCCCCGCGAUGUCGGACUCUUCCAGUGACCUGGCGAUUCCCGAUGUCAACCAGUGCAUAUACACAGCGUGCUACUGCGAAGAGAACGUAUGGAAACUGUGCGAGUUUACGCGGGCUUGUCAGCCAGAGUUGCUGCCCUACUGUUUCGUCGCCUUCGUGUCCAACCGCCGCCAAGCCGUGCCUAUCUGGUGUCAGAAAAGCAGUUCGCGCGCUGACGGCAUGUCAGUGUGGGACUACCACGUCAUCUUUUUGUACAGCCCGCCACCAGGCCGCCGCAGACCCUGCCUCAUCUACGACUUGGACACGACGUUGCGCUUUCCCGAGGAGUUCGACGCGUAUGUGCGAGAAGCGUUCAGGCCGCACGCAGCCAUCAACCCCGAAUUCGCGCAAAUGUUCCGCGUCGUAGGCGCGGCCGAGUUUCUGGACAAGUUCGCAUCGGAUCGCUCUCGCAUGCGAAGUGCCGACGGCUCAUGGCUGAAGCCGCCUCCACCUUAUCCAUGCAUCCAGACGAACUCGUGUGAUAACAACAUCGAUGACUUCAUUAGCGUCGACGAAGCAGUCGGCAUAGGGAAGGUGUACACGUUAGCGCAGUUCGUGCAGCGGUUUUCGUAGACGCAUGUCGGUGACGCGGAACAGCGGGCGUUGUUUUUGCGUGUCUGUAGAUCGAACAAAACCGUUUACUUUACAUUUGAUUUUAUGUGUGGGAAGUGCCCUUGAGACUUUCAAUACUGCGUCACCCAAAAGAAACAUUUUUUAUCUCGUUUUC